AUGUCGUCGAAGGCAUACAAGUCGACGAGAGGGUGGAUCUGUAGACUGGCUCUCCGGGUGCUGGCACUCCUGGGCUGCAUCGCCGCCAUCGUCUUCUCCGUCCUUGGGGGGCUCUCCGAUAGUCAAACCAUUGCUCUCGUCAUUUUUGCCAUUAUUUCCGUCUGGAAUCUGGUUGACUGCAUCCUGCUCUGUGUGAGAUGCAUUCCAAAGCUCAGCGUCAAUAUUGUCCUCGAUAGCGCGGCCGCCCUCACGCUGAUUAUCUGGGGAUGUAUUUUCUUUUGGCAAGGAUGCGCCUUCACCGUCGAAUAUGAAAUCCUGAUGAUUUCCGAUCUAGUUCUGGGGGGCAUCUGUGCAUUCACUGCCGUUACACACAUCUUCCUCUUUGCCCUAUCGACCAAGACCCAUCGUGAAAACCGCCGAGAAAAGAAGCACAAAAUUUGGAUGGACCCGUACUCCCUCGCCGGACCAAUUGAGUAUGGGACGACGGAGGCGCUUGUUCCAUCGGAGUAUCGGGCAAUAAAUAGGAGCCCGGCGACAUUUGGAUGA